AAAAAAAGGUGAAAAAAAAAAAAAAGCCGAACCUUAAGCAACACCCCACGCCCAACCGCCAAACUCAAACGGGCCAACGCCAAACCCUUUCUGCCUUUCCAGCUUCUUCCUCAUUACCUCCAAAGCCACCAGUUUUCUUAAACAAGUUCAAGAUUCACACACAACCUUUUCGAUUAUUCUGUAAUUUUUUGUGAUUUGGCGUCUUGUAAAUUGAUUGAAUCUCAGAACCCAUGUGGCUUAGACGAAGCAAAUCAAGGAUUCGACUCCACAACGCGUCGUCCCCCAAAUUUGCUUGCUCUUCCUUGAAAGAUAUACAGAUUCUACUCUCUGAAGAAGAUAGCGGUUAUAGAUACAAUAAAAUCAGCGCCGGUGACGGUGACAUUGCCCUUGAUUCACCUACUCCAUACAUCAGGAAGCCCUCCAUUUGCCAUCGGGUUCGCAGCUCCAAUUUCCUUCUACGGACCCUAUCUUUACUGCCCGACCAUUCGGAGUCCAAACCUUACGGGGAUGAGGGUCAGGUUCCGGCUCCAUUGCCGGAAAAUGUGGCCGCUGAUGUGAAAUCGGAGCCGGUGAUUAGGAUCCCAAGGGCCGAGAAUAUUAUAAUGGUUUACUUUACGAGUCUGCGGAUUCUUCGCCACACAUUUGAGGACUGCAAGACCGUCCUAACUAUCCUGCGUUCCUUCAAUGUGCUUGUUGACGAAAGGGAUGUUUCUAUGGACUCGGGUUACAUUAAGGAGCUGCAGAAGAUCUUUGGUGAACCUGAGAAAUCCAAACUAACACUCCCCCGAGUCUUCAUCGGCGGCAGGUACAUUGGUGGUGCUGAGGAGGUGAGGCAGCUCCACGAGAGCGGCGAGCUCAAGAAAUACCUGCAGGGUCUUCUCCCAGCGGACGCUCGUGGGUGCGAGGCAUGUGGUGGGUACAGAUUCAUCCUCUGCCAAGAGUGCAAUGGAAGCCAUAAGUAUUACAGCGAGAAAUGUGGCUUUAAGAGUUGUACUUCCUGCAAUGAGAAUGGUCUCACCAGGUGCCCAUCUUGUUCAUGCGCCUCUUUCUGAAUCAUUUGAUUAAAUCACAUCAGAGUCUAAUUAUUAGUUAGGCUUUAAAAUAUGUAACAUUGAUUGGAACAAAAUGCUUAAUCUUUAAGCACUUAUGUUUAGUUUUCAUGGAGAUGUGUGGUAGCUUUUCAUAUCUUCUUGCUGAUUUUACUUGCUAGAAAUAGAGGCAAGGAAAAUUAGGUCCAAAUGAAUCCGUUUGGAUUGCUAUAGUUUGUUCAUUUGUUAACGUUGUUUUGCAAUUUAGUGGUGCUUUAACGUGUUGGAUUGCUAUUACGGUAUUACCCAUUUUA